CGAUGGCAACAUCCACCAGUCUGUUCUGUUCUGCCCCCCAUCCUCAUACCUCUCAGAGGUGCUGAGUGUGUGCAACUGUAACAGAUAAAUGAGACGCUGCAAGAUGGCGAUUGCGCGACUCAUGGCAUGUUUUGUUCUUUACACCAGCCUCGGCCACAUUCCAUCAUCAGUCGGGGUAACUCUUCGAACCACGGACAAGAUUGUGUGGGCAAAUGAGUUUGAGCCCAUCGAACUGACCUGUUUAAUAGAGUCCAUCUCAACAAACAACCCGAGGAUUGAAUGGAAAAAGAUUAAAAAUGGUGUCCCCAGUUAUGUGUACUUUCAAAACAAGAUAGCAGGGGACUUGGAGCACAGAGCUCAGCUCAGAGAGCCAGCCAACAUUCUGAUCUACAACACCACUCGGUCAGACACUGCAGAGUACCGCUGCGAGGUGGCCGCCAUCGAUGAUCAAAGGGACUUUGAUGAGAUACUUAUUAGUCUUGCAGUAAGAGUGAAACCUGUUGUACCACGGUGCAGCGUGCCAGAGGCAGUCACAGUGGGAACAUCAACAGAGCUGCGAUGUCUGGAGAACGAGGGCUUCCCUGCUCCUCAGUACCGCUGGUUCCACAACAAUGAGGAGCUUCCUCAGGACCCCAAAAACAGCCUGAAGUUUGUCAACUCUUCUUACAGCAUCAACCCUGACACUGGAGGCCUGAAAUUUCGAAGGGUGAGGAAGGAGGAUGCAGGGGAGUACUACUGCCAGGCAAAGAAUGAUGCAGGACAUGCACAGUGUGCCCCACUAAUGAUGGAAGUCUAUGAUGUCGACAUACUUGGGAUUUUCCUCAAGUGCUUUGGUGGAGUGGUUGUAUUCUUCUGUUUGACUGCUUCCAUUUGUAAUUGCCUUAGACGUGGAUGCUUCCACAAAAAAGGCCACAAUGAAAAUAACUACAACUGGCCAGCACAGAGUGAUGGCGUUGAAUAUGGAGAUGCAGAUGAGGGCCAUUUUCGCCACAAGUCUUCAUUCGUCAUUUGACAGCUGAGACAGUGGAUAAGCUGGAACCAAGACAAAAAUUAAAUCUGUUGAGGUUAACUUGCAACAACGAUGCUCCAGAUGGUAAGGUUUGAGGUGUGAAAUGGCACAUUAUUCUCUGAUGCACAUCAAAAUCAAAUUAACCAAGUUGCCAAAGUAAUUUUAAUAUAAUUUUAUGGUACUGUUUCAUGGUUUUUAUAACAUAACAGCUUUUUAAAUUCUCUUCUGUUAGUAUUAAUUUCCAUUUGAAACUUUGGGUUUUUACACCGUAUUUUGUUUGUUUUUUUUUUUUUUUUUAAUCAUACAAUAAAACCAUUUCAAAGCUGUGAAAUUUGAUAUUUGGCCCACAGUGUCAUCGCAAAAGCUGCUGGAAGCUAUAUUCCUCCUUCCUCCUUGUUUUUUGGACAAAUCCUCUUUUAUAAUUCUUAAACUUUUUACUGUGUACACUGAAAUUGUUUUACAGAACUCCUUUACAUUGUCUUUGUUCAUAAGAUAAACAUGUUCUUAGUUUGUUUCAUGUGGGAAAGAGUAGAAACUUGUUUUUGUAUAUACUGUAGUUAUACAUGCAAUAAGUAGCAGAUUGCAAAAGGCUGUUGAGCUCAGAUUGAUAUGGCACAAUUUAUUAGCCUUUAUUAUAUUUACAGACAAUAACAAGUAUGUACAAGUACAGAAUUUGAAUACCAUAUAUCCCACUAUGCUGCAAAAUCAAUAUGUACUAUAAAAGAUGGUGAAGUAUGAUUUUUAGAGUGCUGUUUUCUGUGUACAAGUGACCUUCUGUACUUUACUAAUUAUUUUGUGAGUAUUGGACAUAUUGUCCAGUUUUGACUCAGUAUUUAAUGUACAUAAAUAUAUACAUUUUUUGAACUUUUAAUUUUCAUACAUUGCACUCCAUACCUUAUUGUAAAUAUGGCAAUAAAACUGUUUGUUGGAAAUAAAGUUACAGUAUUUACUGUUCAGUGUGUAUCUGCAGUGUUGAGCCUGUCAGUUAUAACAGUAUAUCAUUUCAAACAUUAGUGUCAAUGAUUUGUGUAACAACUCAGGAACUGUUCUAAAAUGUCCACUGUUCAUUUGAUAUUAUUACUAUAUGUUCAUGUUAUUUUGUUACUAUUAAAUACAAUUGACCUGUAAAUGUU